AUGCCUAAAGCUUUAGGAAGUGGUGCCCAGAAAAUGGUCAUUUCUUUAAUUUCAUACUUUGAGGCAGAACGUGAUCAUCAAUCUAUAUUACUUCCGUUUGAAGCAGUUAGGGAUAGGGUAGCAGCGGCGUUAAAUAUUAGCCUGUCCCUUGUAAAUAAAAUUGCAGUAAAAGCCAAUAGGGGUGAACCAUUAAGAAGCCCAAAGCAAAAAAGACGACGUACAAAACCAGUUGUUGAUAUAGAUGAAUUCAAUCAAAUGACUAUUCGAAAUAUUAUUUAUGACAUGUACAAAAAAAAGGAACAAGUUAAAUUACAAACACUACAAGCGAAAUUAGUAGAAAGGAAUAUUUUUACUGGUAGUCUUACUUCUUUAUGGAAAAUUGUACGCAAUAUUGGUUUUCGUUAUAAAAAAGAUGAUCCAAGACGUGGUUUAAUGGAGUUACCCAAUAUUGUUUUUAAAAGACAUAUGUUUCUGCAGCAGUAUGUAAAACUAAAAAAUGAAGGUCUAUACACAUUUGUUUUCUUGGACGAGACAUGGAUUUUUCAAGAUGGUACUAUUAGUCGUUCUUGGCAAGAUUCAAGUGACAAAAGUGUUAAGAAAACUAAAGUCGGUGGUGCAAGAUACAUUGUUCUCCAUGCAGGAAAUUGUAAUGGAUUUAUUCAGGGAGCUGAAUUGGUUUUUUCAUCCAAAACAAAGGACUGUGACUACCAUGGAGAAAUGAAUCGUCAUAACUUUUUGCAAUGGUUUGAACAUCAGCUGUUGAAUAAUUUAGAGGAACCAUCAAUUAUUAUAAUGGAUAAUGCUCCAUACCAUAGCACAAUAAUUAAUAAAGCUCCGACAUGUGUUUCAAAAAAAGCUGAAAUAAAAGAGUGGUUGGAAAAUAACAAUAUUGCACAUGAACAAACAAUGUUAAAACCUCAAUUGCUUCAACUGGUCCAGAGGAAUAAACCAGAACCAAUAUAUGAAGUAGAUAGAAUGGCUGAACAAUAUGGACACAGAGUUCUUCGACUUCCUCCAUACCAUUGUAAUUUUAAUGCAAUUGAGCAUAUAUGGGGAAUAAGUAAACGGUAUUACUCUGAUCAUGUAGGCACAAAUGGCAGUUCUACUGCAAAGUCUUUAGCAGUGUGGAAGGAGUCCCUGGCCCAAAUAACACCAGAAGUAUGGUCAAAAACAAUAAAGAGUACAGAAUCUGAGAUACAGCGCUGGUGGGAUAGAGAAAUUGUUUUUGAUCGUGAAGACAUUAGCCCUGUAGUUAUUGAUUUAGCAGAAGAUGAUGAUAAUGAUGAUGACAACGAUUUUUGUAUUGAUAGUGGUGAUGAAGUCUUUUAA